AUGCCCGUUGCCGUUGCAGAGACCCCUCAAAGGUCAAAUCCUGAUCACGAGGAAUACCAAUACCUCGACCUCAUCCGGCGCAUCAUCUCGACAGGACAGUCCCGCCCCGACCGCACCGGAACAGGCACCGUCUCACUCUUCGCGCCCCCUUCGCUCCGCUUUUCACUCCUGGACAACACCCUCCCCCUCCUCACCACCAAGCGCGUCUUCACUCGCGGCGUCAUCGAAGAGCUCCUCUGGUUCGUCUCGGGCUGUACGGACGGGCAGGUUUUAGCGGACAAGGGCGUGAAUAUAUGGGAGGGAAACGGAUCGAGAGAGUACCUCGAUAAGGUCGGAUUGGGACGUAGGCGGGUAGGCGAUCUGGGCCCAGUGUAUGGGUUCCAGUGGCGCCAUUUCGGGGCAGAGUACGGGACGUGCGAGGAUGAUUAUAAGGGCAAAGGGGUGGAUCAGCUCGCGAGGGUGGUGGAUACCAUCAAGAACAAUCCGACGGAUAGGAGGAUAGUGCUCAGCGCUUGGAAUCCGAAAGACCUCGGGAUCAUGGCCCUCCCACCAUGUCACAUGUUCUGCCAAUUCUACGUCACCCUCCCCUCCACGCCCGAAUCCAAACCCCAGCUCUCGUGCCUCAUGUACCAGCGCUCCUGCGACCUCGGACUCGGCGUGCCCUUCAAUAUCGCCUCGUACGCCCUCCUCACGCACAUGAUUGCUCACCUUACGGGCUGCGAAGCCAAGGAGUUUAUCCUCCAAAUGGGCGAUGCGCAUGUGUACAAGGAUCACGUCGAGCCGCUGGCGGUGCAGCUCGAGCGGGAGCCGAGGGAGUUCCCGAAGCUCGUAUGGAAGCGGACGAGGGAGGAGAUUGAGGCGAGUGGAGGAGUGGAUGGGUUUAGGUAUGAUGAUUUUGGAGUGGAGGGGUAUAAGCCGAUGGGCAAGAUUGAGAUGAAGAUGUCGAAGGCAUGA